CCAUAUUUUCCUCCUCCCCGCCUUCCCCAAUAGAAAUCCCGCUCUUCUCAACUCCCUCCCCCCAACAACAAACAACAACCAAGAACCUGGAAUCCUGUUCAAGCCCUUGGCUCCGGAACAGCUGCACCUUCAAGCAUAGAACCCCUUUCUGCCUCUUUUGAUUUCCCUGAACCCUGCUGUUCCCAUUGAUUCACCAUGUCUGGUGCAGUCGCUCGUCUGGCCAACCUCAACGUUGGCGGGAUCGGGCGAGCUAUCUCAUCCUCCCUGAAACCAGAGAAUCAAGGCAAUGCUAACGAUACCGCAAGUGCUGAUCUCGGCCUUAUUGGCCUGGCCGUCAUGGGCCAGAACCUGAUCCUGAACAUGGCCGACCAUGGUUUCACCAUUUGCGCUUUCAACCGCACCGUGUCCAAGGUCGACCGCUUCCUCGAAAACGAGGCCAAGGGCAAGUCCAUCGUUGGCGCCCACUCCACCGAGGAGUUUGUCUCCAAGCUGAAGAAGCCCCGCCGUAUCAUGCUCCUGGUCCAGGCUGGCAAGGCUGUUGACGACUGGAUCGAGACCCUCCUCCCCCUUCUCGAGCGUGGAGAUAUCAUCAUCGACGGUGGUAACUCACAUUUCCCCGAUUCCAACCGGAGAACGAGGUACCUCGCAUCCAAGGGCCUCCGCUUCGUCGGCUCUGGUGUCUCCGGCGGCGAGGAGGGCGCCCGUUACGGCCCUUCCAUCAUGCCCGGUGGCCACGAGGAUGCCUGGCCCUUCAUCAAGGAUAUCUUCCAGAGCAUCUCUGCCAAGAGCGACAACGAGCCCUGCUGCGAGUGGGUCGGUGAUGAGGGUGCUGGCCACUAUGUCAAGAUGGUCCACAACGGCAUCGAGUACGGCGACAUGCAGCUCAUCUGCGAGGCGUACGAUAUCAUGAAGCGCGGCCUCGGGAUGUCAAACAAGGAAAUGGGUGACGUUUUCGCCAAGUGGAACAAGGGUGUCCUGGACUCCUUCUUGAUCGAGAUCACCAGGGAUAUCAUGUACUACAAUGACGCUGAUGGCACUGCCCUGGUCGAGAAGAUUCUUGACAAGGCUGGCCAGAAGGGUACUGGCAAGUGGACAGCAGUCAACGCCUUGGACUUGGGCAUGCCUGUGACCCUCAUUGCCGAGGCUGUGCUCGCCCGCUGCUUGUCCAGCAUCAAGGAUGAGCGUGUCAAGGCUUCGUCCAAGCUCGAGUUUGUCGGCAGGGCCAACACGUUCGAGGGCAACAAGGAGCAGUUCCUCGACGACCUGGAGCAAGCUCUGUACGCCUCCAAGAUCAUUUCCUACGCCCAGGGCUUCAUGCUCAUGCAGGAGGCCGCCAAGGAAUACGGCUGGAAGCUGAACAAGCCAUCGAUUGCCCUAAUGUGGCGUGGUGGCUGCAUUAUCCGGUCCGUCUUCCUCAAGGACAUCACUGCCGCGUACCGCAAGCAGCCGGAUCUGGAGAACCUGCUCUUCGACGAUUUCUUCAACAAUGCCAUCCACAAGGCUCAGCCCGGCUGGAGAGACGUUGUCUCGAAGGCGGCGCUGCUCGGCAUCCCGACCCCCGCUUUCUCGACUGCCCUGUCCUGGUUUGAUGGUUACCGCACCAAGGAUCUGCCGGCAAACCUGCUCCAGGGACAGCGUGAUUACUUCGGCGCUCACACCUUCAGAAUCAAGCCCGAGUUCGCCAGCUCCAAGUACAAGGUAGGCGAGGAUAUCCACGUCAACUGGACCGGCCGUGGAGGGAAUGUUUCUGCUUCCACGUACCAGGCUUAAAAAAAGGGAGAUUGGUGCAUAAAAGUAGAUGACUGAAGUAGUAGACUGGUAGCUCCGUGAGAGUAGAUCCUACAGUUUGGCAUGGAGAACACAAAAUGGAUUCAUGAUUGAGUGCAAACUUCUAGGUUGUAUUUUUGCAAAGGUACGGUACAUAGCAUCAUCACCUGGGUCCAUGAUAGUGGAGUUUACCUAAUUGGCUGUAGGCAUAGGUAUACUACAUGGGAGGAAAUAUCACGUGAUGGUGUUUGUGAUGGCUUUUCUGUCAGCCUUGUCUGUGCACUGUGCUCACGCGUGAGGCGCGACUUUUCUUCACAGGAGGGUCC